UGUAGCUGUCUAACAGUUGUUUACUGUGAGUGUGAAAAAGGAUAUCGAAAAUGUAUUGGCUAACGUUAGAACUAGUCAGUUUUUACUUUUACUAGCUAAUGUAAAAUAACCUAACUAUACAGGUCAGUCGAAGCUAUUUUAAUCCGUUUAAUUACUUUAUGGUGAAGUAAUGAGGGCAAACGGCUGGCUACCUAACGUUACCUAAUUAGCUAGCUGUUUUUGUCCACGAAAUGAAAAGGGCUAGGUAGUUAGCGUCAUGUAUAGCUAUCUUUUUCUUCGGGGGAAAAGUCAGAACAUUUUCACCGCGGAAAACAAUCCCAGAACUGGCCAGCUAACUAACGUUAACUAGCUACCUAAAACGACAACCAUCUGAGUUCGAUCAGCGUGGUUGAUGAUGAUUAACUUAGAUCACUAACGUUACGUUAGGUUGACGAGUGUGUGAUGUGCGGAUCAUCUCGACCCGAGCCCUCGGCGAGGCAACCUCAACCUCGAAUAUUUUACUUGGUUAACGACAAUUCACCCAGCAGAGAUGGCACAGGAGACCAAUCAGAGCCAAGCGCCCAUGCUUUGUGCUACCGGCUGUGGUUUCUUUGGAAACCCCAGGACCAGUGGCAUGUGCUCUGUCUGCUAUAAGGACCACCUAACCAGACAGAACAAUGGAGGAGUGAGCCCCCUGAGUGCAAUGGGUGGCAGUGUGUCCAGUAGCCCCACAAUGGAGGCCUCUGCCAUCCAAAGAAUUGAGGCCACCUUGAAUAGUGCUGCCGCGGCUGCUGCUGAAGCUGAUGCCGACGCUGCCAGUGGGGCAGCAGCAGCUCUUCCUGUUACACAACAGAUGACCGAGAUGAGCAUUUCCUGUGAGGAGAAAGGAGCUUCGCCUAAAGCAGAGCUUGCAGAACCUGUGGUCACUCAGCCCAUCGCCUCCGCUUCCCCUCCCAGUGCUGCCGGCAGUAACGAAUCCAAAUCACCCGAACCCCCCAAACCGAAGAAGAACAGGUGCUUCAUGUGCCGCAAGAAGGUUGGCCUUACAGGUUUUGACUGCCGCUGUGGGAACUUGUUCUGUGGACUCCACCGUUACUCAGACAAGCACAACUGCCCAUACGACUACAAAGCAGAGGCCGCCGCCAAGAUCCGCAAGGAGAACCCUGUGGUGGUGGCCGACAAGAUCCAGAGAAUAUAAGACAUUUUCUCACUUUGACCUUGAGAACACUGAGUGAUUGGAGAGAGAAAAAAGGACUUGCUCUUGACCUGCGUUCUAAUGGACUAGUUUUUUAAAUUACAGUAUGGGGGGGAUCCAGUUUUCUGCAAUGCAUGAACGAUCACAUUUUUCUUUUGUUUUCCGUCGGUGUCUGUGCUUACGAUUUUUUUUUAAAUGAGAAGGAACAAAAAUGUCUAAAAAAAAUACUGCAGACUAGGACAUAUGCUUUUCCAGGGAUGCCUGGACCUGGCUUAAUUCUUACUGUUUAUGGGGGAGUCUGAUUUGUUGUCAAGUAGGCGAUCUGAUGUGUUAACUACUUUUAUGACUGUCUUAUGUAUUGCUGAGAUUUUUCUGAGAAGGGGGGGGGACACUGUUACAGCCCCGACCGGAUCACUCCCGCAGUGGCAGGUCACAGCUGGCUUAUGUUGCAAAUGGCUGUUCUUGCUCAUCUGUGGGGGGGGGGGGUUUGUUUGACCUUCCCAACUUAUCUCAUAACGUGUCAUGGUGUCCUCAUGGAGUCUGUUUUAUAUGUACUACCAGACAUGUUUGUUUCUGUGCUGCAUGGGGCCUCAGUUCAGGGGAGGACCUCCAAGCACAUUUCUCUAUUGUGAGAUAAGAUGUGAAGUAGUGACUUUAAAAUAAAAAAACUUGAUUUUUUUAGUCUACUAAAGAACAUCUUCGAGAAGCUUAUGAAAUUAAGUGGUCAUCCAGUAGGAAGGGUGAAAGCAGCCAGACACUUGGAGGAUGGAUGGAUGUGUUCUAUUCCAACCUUAUUGACUCAUCAGAAAUGCAUCUUAAACAAACCGAAUAUUAGGGUGUCAUACAAGCCUGCUCCACUGGUUCAUUCUUCCGGCAAUGUGUGCUGCACUAAAAAACAUUGCUUAGGUUUACUUGUAUCCGUUAAAGAUUAUUUCCUAAAGAAGUAUUUAGGUCUGAUGCUGUGAUGUUCAUUUGAAGGGGGAACUUGGUGCUGCCUCUGUAUGGCUGGAAGGGAAAUUGGCGGAAGACCGUUCACUUCCUGCAUUGAGAUCAAGGUCAUUUGACCUCCCUCAUCCAGCCACUCAGGUCAUGUGACAGUGUUGAUGCCCAUUCUGUGCUCUUUUUUUUUCUUCUUUUUUCUCGUAUCCAUGUUUUCAUGAGGAUAUGGGGUGUUUUGCAUGGGUUGUUGUAUCAAUGACAAAUAGCCUAAAUGAACCAGAUUGCUGAAGUUGUAAGGGUUAGGCCCACUAAUCUUUUGAUCAAUGUUUCACUUCUGCGUUUUAUGUUGUUUUUAUUUUUAAUAUGUGUGCUGAUAUAUUUUUGAUAUAUUGUGGAGUGCGUGUCACAUGCUAUGUAUUAAACACAAGUGUCUGAUAUAUGCCAUUUCCAGUAGACUUGGAUGGAUGGUGGAUGAGUAUUGUGUAUGUUUGUAUGUAUGCAAGUAAGUGCUUGUGUUCCUCAGUCAGAACUAAUCCAGUGGACUCACUCUUGUUGAUCUAGAUUCUUUUAGUUUUUCUAUUUUGUUUGGUAUGGCUGCUCAGUGCUAUUCGCUCUGUAGGGCUGUGAGAUUUAACUUUAAUAUCUGUAUGUUUUAACCAUUUUAGUUAUGCAAGUUUGUACAAACCAUCUUUAUAUUUAUGUACCGCGCAUAUAAUCUUGUUACUCAACAUUACUGCAAAAUUGUAUCAUGUAAAUAAAAUUGUACAGAGAUAUAGAA